CAGGUGACAGGUCAAACUGUCUGAAUUUUGUAAAGAUUGUAGGAGUUUUUGUGCCUCUAUUUAGUUUUUGUAAUAAAAUAUUAAAUAAGUACAAUGGCUAAGAAGACUUACGAUUUACUUUUUAAACUUCUCCUAAUUGGAGAUUCUGGUGUGGGAAAAACAUGUAUAUUGUUCAGAUUUUCAGAUAAUCAUUUUACAACUACAUUCAUAUCUACAAUCGGUAUAGAUUUUAAAAUAAAAACUGUAGAACUUAGAGGUAAGAAAAUCAAACUUCAAAUAUGGGAUACAGCUGGACAGGAGAGGUUUCACACCAUCACAACAUCUUACUACCGUGGAGCAAUGGGAAUCAUGCUGGUUUAUGAUAUAACAAAUGAGAAAACAUUUGAUGAUAUUGUCAAGUGGUUAAGAAAUAUAGAUGAGCAUGCUAAUGAAGAUGUAGAAAAAAUGAUCCUCGGGAACAAAUGUGACAUGGAAGAAAAAAGAGUUGUCAGCAAAGAACGUGGAGAGGCGAUAGCGCGCGAGCACGGGAUCAGGUUCAUGGAGACAUCGGCCAAGUCCAACAUAAACAUUGAGCGCGCGUUCUCAGAGCUGGCGGAGGCCAUCCUCGACAAGACGGCGGGACGCGAAGCGGACGCCGACCUGGCGCGCAUCGCAGUCGAGCGCCGACCCUCGCGCGCACCGCCCGCCCGCGCCUGCUGCUCCUAGGCUACCAGCCCACGACCAUCUGCAUACUUAGUGUACCAUAUCUCCAUAACGUAAUAUUGGGACUGUAUGUCGCAAUUAUUUUUGGUCUGUGUUGCUGGUGGUCAGUGUAUAGUAGUUCCCGAUGAAGUUAGCAUAGUUCUCAGUGAUGUGUUGUACCACAUUAUUGUCUGUAUAUUUUCGGGCUAAAUGUGCUUAAAUAAUUAAAGUCAUUCCUCUUUGGAAAGCUAAAUCAAUGUCUCGAGAAAUUAAAUGAAGAUAUCUUUUUGUUAUAAUAAUUAAUAAUAUUCAAGACAAAUUCUGUCAAUUACGCGUUAACAUAUUAUGUUGGUAUGUUCCAUUGUGUCGAGGAUAUCCGUAGUGAGAUUAACCGAGGCCUCAUUAUCAUUGAAUGCACAUUACCACUUAGGCGUGUCCUUUUACAUUUCAGAGAUUUCUUUGUGAUUAAUUUAAAUACUUCUGUACUCUAUGCAUCUUUGUGUGGCCGAAGAAUAGAGUGAAAUGCAAAGGUGCAAUUGUGAAAAUUCUUCAACUAAAAUAUAAAUUAGUCAUUGUGGUUAGCGAGAGACUUGCAUAUCUUACGCUUUUGUCUUCAUUAUAAACACAAAAAAGGGUCCCUUAAUAUCUUACAUCCCUUAAACGAUUGAAGUAAUUUUAAGAUUUGAUAUUUGUAAAAGAUUAAUAUUCGCGUUAAAAAACUGCAGUUUACUCGGUCUUAGAAAGGUGCUCGACCAAACAUCUUGUAGAACCCACAAUCGGAUCCUCUGGAGCUCCGGCUGGAUACUGGAUACUGAGCACCGUGUAUAGUUAAGGCGCGUCGAUAAAGCGUGGGUCGCACAUUAGUAUAGCGUAGCGUAAGCCAUGAACUUUAUAUACUUGAAACAAUAUUAUGGUAUGGUGUAUGUGUCGUCGGUUUUUACCCGCUUUUUUUAUUAAACAAUGGCAUUGUAAUUUGUAUAUUACAUUCAUAAUAAACAAUCUACUUUUA